AAACAACUCGCACACAAUGUCCACAGCACAACGCUCCCCGCCCUCCCGCACAUCCACCCUCACCCUCACCCAGACACAUACUACUCCCACAGACACUCCGCCCCAAACCGUCCUCCAUCUCAGAGCAGGCGCUUCAACAGAGCGCCGCGUCGUGUGGACAGAAGAGACAGUUGAUAAUGAGGGUCUCGGAAAGAAAAAGUCCAAGAUAUGCUGCAUUUAUCACAAGCCACGGGCAUUUGACGAAUCAUCUUCAGAUGAAUCGUCAUCGGAUGGAUCAUCUUCAGAAACGGAUCGCCGUCCUUCCAGAGGUAGUAACAGUCAUCGUCAUAGACUGAAGGACGACCCAAAUGUGGAAGAGGAGGAGAGCUCAGAAUCGGACGGCGGAGCUGGCGAUGGUCGUGCCAGACCAUUGCGGAAGCCACGUCGACAUCACCAUUCUCAUAAGUGUGACCAUUCGGACCAUGCCCAUAAGCCCAACAAGUACGACGUACAACCGAAUGGAACUGGCAAAGGCAAGGAGAAAUCAUAGUCUUUCAGAACUUUUUGUCGAUUUAGCCGUACAUCGUAGGAUAGAUCAGAAUACUGUUAAAACGAACUAUUGUAAUGAUCUCUGUAGCUGUAGAACUUCCAUUGUACACGUGAAUAUUAGUUGGAAUGAAACUCAUCCCAAUGUCAUGCUACAAUGCAUCGUUGUAUUGCGGAA